AUGGUUCUGCAAUUCAAAUCUCUCGUGGAUGAUGGAACAACAUUUUUAUUGGCUGAAAAACAUGAAGCUCAAGUAUUGAAAAAUGUGGGUGAUCUUUGCUUAAAUUAGUCGAUAGAUAUUUUUUUUAGAUUUUGAUGAAUACGGCUAUUGUUGCCUCGUUAUAUUCGGAGAAUGAACGGAUUAUUUAUAUUCGAAUUCCGACAACAACGGAAUUGUCAGAAAUUCAUGUAAGGAAAAGCUCAACUGUUUUACCGAAUUUUUUUGAAAUCUACAUUUCUUUUAGAUGAACGAGGCAGCCCAAAUUUUACUGAAUUAUGAUCAUCCAUUGGAUCAAUUCAUGCAUUAUGAGACAUUGGAAAAUAUUCGAUUGAGAAACAAUCAUAAAUUCAAUGUUGGUGUUUUCUUUUUAAACUUUUCAUUCAACGAAUUUUUUCCAGAAAUUCUCAUUGAAAAAUCUGCAUCAACUUCCACGGAAAAACUCUGAUUAUUUCGAAGCGCUUCAAGAAACGAAAACUGUUUGCGUUUUGAACUCAAAAUUUACCUAUAAAAAUGGCCAAAGUAAGGUUAAAUUUUCGUACUGUAAAGAACCACGAACAUUUUUCAGGAGAAUUUGAUAUGGAUCUUGUCGACGAAUCGGAAUCUCAAUACGAAUCAGAAAAUCAAGAACCAAGGUAAUCCCUGAUAAAAAAACUCACCAAAACUAUUUUUCUACAGUGCCAAAAAACCCAAAGAAGGAACAUCGGAUGAAACGAAUACGGUUGAAAAUGAGGAUUUCCAAAAUUCGUCUUGCCAUCAGGAGACUUCGGAAAAUCAUGAGACUCCAACAUCUUGUGAAACAACCGAUAACCAACAAGGAAAAGAAUGUCCUGUCGAACAAUCAGCUACUGAGGCACCAAUUGAAGAACCAGAAUCUGGAAGUGAUGAUAUUGAAAUUGACGUUGUUGGUAUCGAUUAUAAUGAGUUCAAUGAUGUUGGAGAUAAUGAUCCAAUUUUGAAUGUUCUGGAAAAUAGUUAGUUUGAAUUUGAAUCAGAAAGUUUUUAAAUCUGAAAAUUUUCAGAAAAAUUGGGAUUCGACAAAAACUCACUGAGCCGGGUAGGUCCGCGUAUUCCACUUGAAACAUCAAUUUUUCGUGAUUUCAGAAAGAAAGAAAGUUGAUUGACUUGGGAAAAGCCGUGCAAAAUCUUCAAAUUCGAGGACGAGAUCAUACGCUUCGAGGAAGGAGUGUUAGAGAUAAUGGAGUAUGGAUUUUGCAGGAAUGUCUUAAAAAAGCCAAACAAUUAAAACAAGAUUUGGGUGAUGCCGCAUCCGGAACAGUUUUCGAUAAUCCAACUACUUUUGUGGAAGAAAUGACAGGGGUGUGUAGUUCCACAUUGAAAAAAGUUGGAAAGAAAGAUUUUGUUGAAAAGAAAAAAGAAACGGUCAAAACCGCCAGUCGGAAAGCAAGAUGGAAAAGAAGAGCCGGAAGAAUUCCAGAGUUUAUCAAAGAAGCGAUUCGAGAUCAUCUGGACGAAUGCUGGGAAAAAAACACACACGUGACCGUCAACACGUUGUUGGAUUGGGCAAAAGAUAUUUUACAUUUGCAAUUGGGUAGAACUUUUUUUGCAGAUGCUUUGCAUGGAAUGGGUUUAACUUAUAAAAAAAAAUCUGCAACUCCGCUGAUUGAGGAAAGAAUCGAUUUAGUCAUCGCCAGACGAAAGUAUCUGCAUCGAAAAUAUGAACUUCUAAAUCCAAUUAGUGGAAAACAAGCAUUUUUCGGAUACUUAGAUGAAACGUGGUUUUUCGAGGGUAUGACCACAUUGAAAGGUUGGCAAACUGGAAACACAAACCUUUAUAAAAUGGCGCGUGAAAUUCGUGUUGAAGAAAGACGAAGUGGACCUAGGAAAGGAAAGGAUAAAGGUCGACGUGCAAUUGUUCUGGCUGUGUUAACUUCAGAAGGAAUCCUCGAGGAUUCGGCAAAUAUUCUCAUCUCUGGACUGAAAGAAAACGACCAAUUUAUGGAUUAUCAUCGCGAGAUGAAUUUUGACUCAUAUUCAGAGUAUAUGGAUGUAAUUAUUCCUAAAUUGGCUGAAGAAGCAAGAAAGCGUGGUAUGGUUGCGGUGUUAGUUAUCGACAACGCACCAUAUCACUGUGAAGUGAUUGAAAAGGUGAGUUGUUUUCGUAUUUAUGAUAAAUAAGUAUAUGUUUUGCAGAUUCCGACAAAAUCGAGUUCGAAAAAAGUGUUAAUGGAUUUUUUUGCGAGAUAA